AAGUGAAAGAUCUUCUUACCUCUACUCGCGUUAGCGGAGCGGAGCGAAAGAUGCUGCCGCCGAUUCCAAGCCUCUAUCGGCUGCCGCCGCCGUCUUUACCUUCUUUCUUCCCCUAUUCCUUUUCCUCUUCCAUUGCCGGGAACCGCCGGCUGAACCUUCAUGGGGGCUGCUGGAGACAUGUAUUGCCGUCGCGGAAUGUAGCGGUCAUAUGUAUGGCAAAUCAGAGGAGAGUGAAGAUGGUGGCAAAGCAGAUUAGAAGGGAGCUUUCUGACAUGCUGCUUACCGACAAGGUCAUCAAGUACGCAGUCCUCCCCGAGGCGUCUCUAGGCGCGGACCGCUACCUUUCUUCUCUCACUACAAUCAGCGACGUUGUGGUUUCCGGUGACCUCCAGGUUGUUAAGGUAUAUGUAUCUGUAUUUGGAGAUGAAAGAGGUAAAGAGGUGGCUAUUGCUGGACUAAAGGCAAAAACUAAGUAUGUCCGGAGUGAACUUGGGAAGCGUAUGAAGUUACGUUUGACUCCUGAAAUUCGUUUCAUUCCAGAUGACUCCAUAGAGAGAGGAAGCAGGGUGAUUGCAAUUCUGGAUAAAUUAAAAGAUGAGAGGGAGAAUUCUGGAAGAAAAGAUGAAGAAGAGGAAUCAAAAUCUUCUGGAUUAUCAGAACUGGAUGAAGACUGGGGCAAAGAUGACCCAGAUGAAGGUAUAAUAUAUGUAAACUAAUAUGUUUCUGGCAAAUAUAAAGGGCUAUUAGUGUGUAAUUGUAUUCAUUUGAUCAUGUAAAGUGAUUAUUUUAGCUUAUUCAAAUUAUUAUUUGCAAUUAGGGGUGCAAAUAAUUCGAUUUUA